AUUACCUAAACGUCAUUUGCUCCCCCACUAAAAUUUCAAAGCCGAUUGAAGAAACGUAGUGAUAAAUCGCAAAUAAAAAUAAAUCAGAAUGACUUUGGGAGUCAGUCGUUUUCUGUUCGUGAGUGAAACAACAACCGGUAAAAUGAUCGUGUACGUUUGUUUAGCAUUAACAGUGUGCGUGGCGCAAAUCUCAGCCAUGGCUUUAGAAUCAUCUGAAUUGAAAGUUAUCGAGGCCAAUGGUGUUUUCACCAAUAACCUCUACAAGGAAAUUGCUAAGGAAAAGGGGAACGUCUUCUUCUCCCCAAUCAGUGCCCAUGCCGUCCUCUCCAUGGCGUAUCAAGGCGCCGAUGGAGUCACCAAAGAUGCCUUUGCUUCCACCUUAAAAGUACCAAACGAGAAAGUCGCUGCUGAGGGAUACUCCCACAUCAUGAACAGAUUGAACAACGUACAAAACGUCACAUUAAACAUCGCCAACAAGGUUUACCUCAUGGAAAAAUUCGCACUGCAAGACGAGUUUAGCAAAUCCGUUAAAGAUAAUUUCCAAUCCGAAGUGCAACAGUUGAACUUUGCGGAAAACACAAAAUCAGCUGGGGUCAUCAACGGAUGGGUUGAAGAUAAAACCAACAAAAAAAUCAAGGAUUUAAUUAAACCUGACUCCUUGUCUAGUGACACUCGUUUGGUCCUCGUGAACGCCAUUUACUUCAAAGGAGACUGGCUUAACAAAUUCGACGCCAAGAACACCAAAAAGCAGCCUUUCUUCCUCAACGAAGUCGACAAGGUUGAUGUUGACAUGAUGUUUAGAAAGGGCGACUACAGGUACAAAUUCGAUCGUGAUUUGGACGCACAAGUCUUGGAGUUGCCCUACGCUAACAAAGCUUUGAGCAUGAUCGUCGUGUUGCCCAACAAGAAGGAUGGCAUCAGAGAAUUGGAAGGAAAAUUGGUCAACACUCCUCUUGAUAAAGUCAUUGAAGGAAUGUACAGCACUGAUGUGGAAGUCUAUCUUCCCAAAUUUAAAAUUGAAACCACCAUCGAUCUGAAGGAAAUUUUGACAAAUAUGGGAUUGGGAAACAUCUUCAGUAACUCAGCUAACUUCAGUAAAAUGAUUACUGGAGGUGAACCACUGUCCGUAAGCGAAGUAAUCCAAAAGGCUUUCAUCGAAGUUAACGAAGAAGGUUCAGAAGCUGCUGCAGCUACUGAAAGUGGAAUAUUACUUUUGAAAGGUCGUCGUAGGUUUAUCGUUUAUCAUCCCUUCGCAAUUAUAAUAAAAUAUGAAGCUAAUGUUUUGUUCCAAGGAUCCAUAAAUAAUAUUAAUAUAUAAUACUAUAUAAAAUAUUAAUAUAAUUGUAAGAAAAUUAUCAUAGUAUGAGGAUUAUAUUUAAUUAAGUAUGUUAAUUGAAUUAAUAUUAUACAAUAGAGUAAAUAGACUUUAAAAGUAUAAAAUAGAAUUAAGAAUGAUAUAAGAAAUAAGUGUUAUAAUAAAUGUUAAAUAUUUUUGUUUACAAUUACACUCUGGCACAAAAGUUUGGAAACCCUAGGAUGUAAUUGUUGAAAAUAGAAAAUAUACAAUAACUAUAAAAUAUAAUAUUAAAAUAAACGCUUUGUAUAUUAAAAUACAAAAUAAUAGUUUAUUUUAAUAUUAUAAAAAAUAUAUUACGAAGUAGACAAAGAUUCAGAUUUUCACCAAGACAAGUAUGGAAACUCCUUAAAUUUAACCAUCCACCAAAAAUAUUAAUUUUAAUCAUGGCAAAGCGAAAGCAAAUCCCAAUGGCCUUACGAAAACAAAUUGCAAACCUUAGAAAUGAGUGUAUGUCGUACAAUUUCUGAUAUUUUUGAUACAAUUUGACACUUGUGAAUUUCUUGUGGAUCGCUCUAGGGCAGGUAGGCCUCGUAGUAUGGACACAAUUCUUGAAAGGUGCAUACCAAUUACUGACAGUUAAACACGGAGGGCGCAAUGUUAUGGUAUAGGGCUGUUUCAGUCGAUUCCAUAAAAAAUUGAUCGAUUUGUUUAUGGAAACAUAUUAAAGGACCACAUGCUACCUUUCGCGGAGGAUAAUAUGCCACUAAGACAGGACGACGAUCCCAAUCAUGCUUCCAAGUGCAUAAAAGACUGGUUCAAACAUGAAAAAAUUUAGACAUGGCUUUCACAAUCACUGGAAUAACUAUUUAGAAUAAGAAAUAUACAGCAUCACACAAAAAUAAGACUAAGCUGUUGAAAAAGCUUUAUAUGGAAUGGCAAAAAAUAUCUCCUGAAUUUUCCAGAAAAUUGGUUGACUCCAUGAACAAAUGAUGUGAAGCACUCAUACAAGCUGAUAAUUAUGCAACAAAAUAUUAAAAUAUCUAUUUGUUUAUUAUUCGAAAAUUAAGUUAUUUAAUAAGGUUUCCAAACUUAUGUCCAAAUAAAAAGGUUUAAUUUUGUAUAAAAUUCUAUUUUACUUUAUAACAUCUUAAUAAAAGUAAAUCCAAUUUCUAUUUUUUAAUCCUUUAUACAGGAAGUGGAAUAGUAAUUUUAUUUUAAUCAUUCAUUGUUUAUUAAUUAUUCGAAUAAUAAACAAUUAAAUUUUAAGGUUUUCAAACUUUUAUCUAGGAGUGUAUAUUUUUUCAAAUAUUAAAUUGUGGUUCCAGUCCUGGUUAAAAUAAGUGUGUCUCCUUGAUAUUAAAAUUUAUAAAUUAAUAUUCAUUUGCAAUUUUAAUUAUUUAAAUAAGUCAGAACAAUUUUCAAAAUAAUGAUUUUUAAAAUUUUGUAGUUUUAAAGGAAUUUUCAUAAAAUAAAUACCCACAAAAGUA